CCUUGCAGCCUCCUGCAGGGGUGUCUGCAGGGAGGACUGUUCCAGCUCCUUUUCUGGUUCCUCGGCCCAAACUCCUCUCACAUGGCAGAGGUCCUCCAAGAGGCAAGAGCCAACCUCCAGGAGAGAAAAAGACCCGUGAGUCAAAUGAAGUUCUGAAAGAAAUUUUGAAGGAACUUCAGAAAGGGCGAGGUGGAUCUGUUUCCUCAGCCUGAGCCCAGUGUGGACAGGCAGUGGCUGCACAGCGGGAAGGGAUCCAUCGCAGCCUCGCUGCCCCGCUGCUGCUUUCCCACCUUGCGGGGCUGUUUCCCCGCCUGGCCUGGCUGCAGCUUCUCCCUGGCCUCUGCAGGAAGGCCUUGAGCAUCCCCUGACCCCGUGCCCCAAAUGCACCACGGGCCUUGCAAAGCAGGAGAUCCCUUGUAUCGUGAAGAUGCCACCUCCUUAACGGAGAAUGGUCCCAUCUGAUCCAGGUGUCCCUCUUGCUUUCCCCAGAGAUGGACCAAGGGGCUGUUCACAAGUUAAUGUUCCCUGAAGGAAGCAGUGGCUCCGUGCCAGGCUCUGCUGCGGGCAGGGAGGCGAUGCCAGGCACGGGCACACGGGAUGAGAACACUGGGAAUGCUUCUCCAUUGGAUUGGCUGCGUAAAGCUUUGGGGCCCUUGCAGCCUCCUGCAAGGGUGUCUGCAGGGAGGACUUUUCCAGCUCCUCUUCUGGUUGCUCCGCCCAAACUCCUCUCACAUGGCAGAGGUCCUCCAAGAGGCAAGAGCCAACCUCCAGGAGAGAAAAAGACCCAUGAGUCAAAUGAAGUUCUGAAAGAAAUUUUGAAGGAACUUCAGAAAGGGCAAGAGAUGGACCGAGGGGCUCUGUGGCAGGCGGCGUUCCCCGAAGGAAGCAGUGGCUCCGUGCCAGGCUCUGCUGAGGGCAGGGAGGCGAUGCCAGGCACGGGCACACGGGCCAAGCCUGGGGGUGACGGUGAUCAGGAACCUGGAGUGGGGCCCAGGACUGAGCCUCCGGAAGGUCGUGUGGGGGUGUCCGCAGGGAGGACUUUUCCAGCUCCUCUGCUGAUUCCUCUGAGCAAGACCACCUCAUAUGGCAUGAAUGCAGCCGGUGCCACAACACGUGCUCCCAAGAUCCAGGAGAGCACUGGGAGAGAUUUCUGUUGGGGAACCGGCUGUUUGAGUGUGAUAGUGGCAAGCGUGUUGGAAGGGCUGCUUGUCUUCCUGUUGUGCUGUGCUGGAAUCUGGUACUGGAGGGUGAGAAAACGGCUCCUCUCUGCUCCUGCUCCAGCCCAGCCAAACACCUCGGGCAGGAAGAGCUGGACCUCUCAUCUCUGCUCUUCCUGCCCAAAGCCGGCUGUGCUGACGCGGCUGAAGAACGGGCUUCUCACCCUCCUGGUCCAGCUGCCAGGAAAAGGAGCCCCUCUGCCCCCGAGCCCUGCGGCCCCACCCUCCAGCCCCGUCUAAA